CGGCCCGUCCAGGGCGGCAGGCAGGGGGUGUGAAUGACCCAUCCUCUUAAGCCCCUCAGAGGUGGGUGCAGGGCAUUUUAUUAUGGGAGAACACGGCGGGCACUGGUCUGGAGUCAGGACCGUGACCCUGAACUAAACUACCUGCCUCAGUUUCCCCAGUUGCCACCUGUAGAGUGUCUUUUUUCUUUCUUUCUUUCUUUUUUUUUUUUUUUUUUUGAGUAAGAUUUAUUUAAGUCAGAAAGCUGCCGCAGGAGCCAGGUACAGGUUACACCUGUAAGGUGUCUUUUUAGUUCCCAGAGUUAUUGUGGGGCUCAAACUGGAUGAUGGGUGUGAAGGUCCUCACCAGCCAGGCCCUCUUGGCCGGUGUGAGGGCAUGCAGCCUGCGGCGUCAGCUCCCUCGGAGCCCGUUUGCACUCUCUUCUGGGCACAGCCUCUCUUGGCAGGACUAGUUCUCCGUGUUCCAGCUUCUCUGAUUUAUCUUUCCCUUUAGGUGGAGGUAGCCCCACUCUGAGGUCAGAAACCAGAUCGUCUUUGUGCUGUUCUACAUGAAUUGCAGCCAUGUCUGGGAUGGCCUGUUCCAUCCCUCCUGCCCUCAUCUAACAGCCAUGGCAGUCCCCUGAGCUGGUGCCUUCAGUAGCACCAUCUCACAGAUGGGAGCCUGGGGCUCAGUGGUGUGGUCACUUGCCCAAGGUCACUCAGUGAACCCAUGAAUGAGCAUGCUCUGCCUCACUGCACUCACUCUUGUUUCGCCCACUGAGCCGCCAGGCCAGGCCAGGCUGUUCCAACAAAUGGUGCUGCAUGGGUACCAACUUUGGGAACAGGUGCAGUGUAGUGGGCACACCUGUAGACAGACUGCUUUCAGAUCACAGCUCUUCACUUACUACGGGGUAAUCUCUCUCAACCUCACAUGGAUUGACAACGCCCACAUCAUGUGAGGGUUGGGAGGAGAUCUCAGGGAAUGCAGGUGAAAAGCGGAAGCUGUAGGGUGAUGUACGUGAGGAGACACUGCUUCCCAUGAUCCUAAUUAUUCAGAUGACAGUGAUUGGCUUUGUGACAAUGCUACUUUAGGACAGUGACUGCUGGCCACACUGAGACCCCAUUCAUAGCUCAGUGCUGAGGUGAUGUGACCCUUCCUUCCCUAGAGGACAAUGAAUGCCCAUGGACAGCCACACCGAGCAGGGACACAGUUUCUAAGUAAGUCUCUGCUGCAGCUCGGCUCACUGGGGCCUGCAGGUUUGGGCCGAGGCCUGGUUCCCUUAAAGAGAAGCCAGAAGCUCCUUAACUGGUUCUGCUUCAGGUUCCAGGACACUCUCCUUCGGUGUUGGGGAGGUGGACUUUGCAUCUGCAACUCCAGACCUUCGGCCUCUUCCUCAGGUCCUCCCCCUGCUGACUCCUGCAGAAGGCAAGGGGUGCUCGGGAGACCGCCAGGAGGACCACACGUGCUCCUCGUCCGUCUCCCUUGCAGCCCAUGCAGGCUGCAUGUGGCAGGGGCCCUGGGAGAAAGCCCUGCAUCUGGAGGUAGAGGAGCUAGGAGAGCAUCCUGAUUCUGCCUUGGAGAAAUCACAGCCUCUCCAAUCCAGCCUCCUCAUGUUAGCUGGGAUCCGAGCCUUCAAGCUCUGGGCCGCGGUGCUCAACAUAUUCCCCCAAGGAGUCAGCCCUGGGGCACUGGCACAGAGAACACAGAGCCAGAGAGUCCGGCUGCUGUUCCCAUACACAGGCAGAUUGUCCAGGAAGGAAGCAGUGAACCAUGGUAGCUCUAAAAUCUGCCUCUCUUGUCCGGGCCUGGCCCCUGGGAUGGACUUUGGCCCAGCACUCAGAGGAGAGGAGGGAACCAUCACAUACCACACUGCAAAGCCCUCCUGUGGUAGGACACAGGUUCUCUAGAGAGCUGUGAGCCUGCCCUCGAUGCGUUCUUGAACGUCAGAGUCCUCUGGAAAGCAUCGCCUGCACUGUGUACUCCCCUCUCCCCCGCCACCAUCCCCCGGCAUUCCCAACUUGUUACUGCUCAUUUGAAUAAAGAAUAUUGUUUUAAAGUAAAAGUUGUAUCAGAGACCGCAGGGAAGGGCUGUGCUGAAGGGCCGUUUGGCCGUGAACUCACAGCCAUAAACAACCCCAAAGAUGGACUUUGAAUUGUUUUUUUUCCAGAUGAGUUUGGUGACAGCCAUAGGCCAAUCCAGCAGGACUGGGGAGAUGAUGUUCCCUCUCAGACUUUAACCUUGUAUCUUACUCUUUUGGUAGCUAAAGUGGACCAUGGCUUCUUGUGUAUAUUGAAGCCGUUGCUCUGUUAAAGGAAACGUAUGUUUUAAAUAUCCUAAUUUGUACAGCCUUCGCUUGGCAUUUCUUCAUUUUUUUUUUUAAUGGUUAGAUGCCUUUGAGAGUGAAAAGAGAGUGGUCCAGGCCUGUUUCUACCCUAAGAGGCCCUGGGUAUUUAUUUAGGACCCUGAGAAAGGCUUCCAUAGAACAGUCUUUAUGGAAAGCCUGGCCAGUAGGCCCACUGCUCACAACCUGGGCCCUUGAGUCAGCACAGGACAAGCUGAUUGCCACAAAACAAAGAAUGACAGCUGCAGGGCCAGCCUUGGGGGCAUAGCAGGUUAAGCUGCCACCUGUGACGCUGGCAGCCCAUUUGGUUGCUGGUUCAAGUCCCAGCUGCUCUACUUCCGGUCCCUGUUAAUGCAACUAGGAAGAGUGGAACAUGGCCCAAGUGCUUGGGCCCCUGCACCCACUUGGGGGACCCAGGUGAAGCUCCUAUCUCCUGGCUUUGGCUUGACCCAGCCCUUCCUGUUGCGGCCAUUUGGGGAGUGAACCAACUGAUGGAAGAUUUCUUUAUCUCUCCCUCUCUCUCUCUCUAAUACUGCCUUUCAAAUAAAAUAAAUCUUUGGGGAAAAAAAAAGAAUGAGAGCUGCAUCAAACCGAGCACAUUUAACAUAGGGCAAAUUCUGGGUUUGCAGAUGUAUCACCAAGGCAAAAGGUAGUAGCCUCCGUCCCAUAAUGGCCCCAGGGAUCUGAGACCCAGGGGUGAAGUCUGUUGUCCUAUUCACUCCGCCUUCUCAGCCCCCUGCUUGCCUUCCUCCAUUGUGACCUCACUUAUUCCAGAAUGAGCUCCUUCCUAGGCCCAUUUCCUUCCGGGCUCUGCCCUUGAAUGGGGCAGAGGCUGCAAGUGGGGUUGGAAUAGGCCAAGCUGCCAGCAGAGAUGGACCCUCAGCCCCAGAGAAGGAGACACCUCAGCCCCAGAUGACCAGGACUGGAUGCCCCUGCAGUCAAAGGGCCCUCUGCCAUGGCCAGCCUGAGCCAGCCUGUGCCCACAGAGGGCCACCACAUGGGGAGUGGGGGAAAUGAAAGACUGGAAGGUAAGGACUGAACUGCAGAAUGGGUUCCAAGCAGAACACAUAAGGGACUCAGAGUUGAAGAAGCUGCCCUUCCUGAAAUUGAGAACAGCUACUGAGGUAGAAGACAGGACCCAGGCCUUAGGCAGUGCCUGCCAGGCUGGAUGGGAGGGAUGCUGUGGUCCCUCCCCACCCCACCCACAGCUGCCUUCCUCAUAAUGGGGUUCAUUGCUGAGGUGGGAGGGGCAUCCCAGGGAAGACACAGUGGGGGCCCCUGCCUGCCAGACACCCUCUGGGAGCAUCCCCUUUCAAGCAUGAGCCACACCACCUGGGCUCCCCCAGUUCCAGUGUGCUCUUAGCUCUGCCUGCCCUGCGUGGGUCCUGGAGACCUUCUGGGAGCUCAUCCAGCAACCAUCAUGCAAGGUGGUGCUGGGUACGACCCUCCUGCUGGGGGGUGGAGGCCUGAUGCUGUGGGCACAGCACAAAUGGAGACAGAAGACAGCCCUUGAGUCUGCACGGGCCAAGCACGAGCCCCCAGAAUGCCACCGAGCAAAGAAGGAGAGCUGGAUCAAAUCUCAUUUUAGUCGCCUUUCCGAAGAGAAGCUAGUUCCCGACCUCUGUGCCAACUCCACCAGCGACGCUGCGCAGCCUGAGAGUGGGAGCGGCGAGGCCAGUACCACCAUUCGCAUGGAGACUUUUACCACUAAACAAGGAGGUGGGGGUGCAGCUCUGCACCGGGAGGCCUUCACCAGCAGGCAGAGGAUGUCCGGGGCCUCAGCGAUCAGAGAGACCCAAAAGGAGUCUGGAAAAUCUCCAUCCACAGAUGAGGCCACGUGGGCUGCUGUGGCUUCCUGCACCAAGGAGAUCGACACCAAGGGGCGGCAGCUGGCUAACUCCAUGCUGCAGCGGGCCAUGGCUCACCAGCACUCGGGCCACCUGGAGUCCAGAGACAUCAACCAGGAGGAGCUGAAGGCCUUGGAGGAAGUGGAAAUUAAGCUGAAGGGCAAUUUCCUCACCCAUCGGGAAACCACCAUAGCUGGUGCCAACCACAUACAUACUUUCCAUGGCCACCAGAACCAACAGGGUCAUCCCAGCCACCCAAGCCAUCAGAGCCACUUAGGCCACCAGAGCCACCAGGGUCACCCUGGCCACCCAAGCCAUCAGAGCCACUUAGGCCACCCGAGCCACCAGGGUCACCCUGGCCACCCAAGCCAUCAGAGCCACUUAGGCCACCAGAGCCACCAGGGUCACCCUGGCCACCCAAGCCAUCAGAGCCACAGUUUGUCCAACCGCAGCCACUAGAUCUGUGACUCCUUUGAAGCCACCUAACCAUGGAUGGACUUGCCCCUUCCCCGAGCAGGGCUGGCCCACACACACAGGCUCGUUUUCUCUCAUGGGACAACCUGUGGGGCCCAGGGUAAGCUGCUGCCACCCAAGUUCCUUCUUCUUCAGGCUCCCUCUGUGGGCCCUUCCACUCCGUGAUGGCCCUGAGGGAGGGAGAAUGGGAAGGAAGCAAAGUAGCCCAGAUGGACUCUGAGGUCCCCGAAGACCCACCCAGAGAAGAUGGAGGCAGAUGCCAGGAGCAGCUGAGAGCCCCUUGCUGAUGCCAAAUGCCUGAAGCUGAGCCAAUAAAGCCUUGCAGCCCCUCACUCUGACCCCAGGGCUCUGCAGGCGGCCUCCGAUCUGGGCAGGGGUGGAGGGGGAAGGUCCUUGGCUGGGCCUGAUUUCAGACUCCAUAGAACAGCUUUCCUGGCCUCAGAGGCUGGGGAUGGGAUAGCUCCAGAGCCCUCAGUAGCCACCUGCCUGUUGCCAGGGAAGCGGGAAGUGCCUGGUAUUGGGGCAGUCGGGCUGAGAAAAGGGCUUUCAGAAGCCAGUGGCCAAACCAGGUUGGGACUGGGGGCCCCUCUUCUGGUGCUGUCCUCAUUUUGUGUCUUCUCCAGUCUGUGGCGCCGCUCCCUGCAGCUCUGUCACCUGCUUCCUGGGGCCCACUGAGAUCCAUGCUGGCGCCUCCCCGCCACCCACAUCCGUGGCUACUCAACUGGGAUAAUGAGUGAUCCCUCCUUGUUUGUGUUACCAUAGCCGGGGCCAGGACUGUGGCUGCUGCAGCCUCUUCUCUGUGUGUGUUUGGUACAUGCCACGUCCUGUGUCAGGUCACAGGCCCAGAGGAAGGGAUUCCAUUAUCUCAGGCAUCUGGGAUUCAGAGGCAUAACUUGCCUGGGACGUGGCUGGGAUUAGAGCCCGGCUCUGCCUGACUCCGACAUCCAUACCCCUGUCCCUUCCCUGUGCUGCCUGCCAGUCCUCUUCCCACCAUCCCCAGAUGGUUCUCCCUCUCAUGCAUGCCCUGACCUCUUCCCACGUGUCCUGACACAUUCUCUGCUCUCCUGCCGGCCUGGCACUCCCCCUGCCGCCUCUUCUUGGGUCCCAAGAAGCUAUUUCUGGGGCAAGGGGUGCCACCCCCGGCCCCCACCCUGAGUCAGGCAGUUAAAGCAACUUCUUACUGUUUGGAUCUCUUACAGAGUUACUGGCAGUUAUCAGCCUGUGGACCUCAAACUCCAGGGGCUCAGAGUCACUGCAUAGGAUGGAUAAAUCAACAAGCCCCCUAAAUGUUGCUAAUUAGUUUUAUCACAAACAGGAAGGAGUGCAUUUUUUGGCCAUUACUAAUAAGUGACUAUAAGCAAAAAUAUAUGUUUACAUAUGUUAUAAAUAAACAUUGUAUUUAAAAUAGUUCAUCCAAAUUUUAAAAUAUUUGAGAGAGAGAGAGAGAGCUCUUCCAUUUGCUCGUUCACUGCUCCCUCAAAUGGCUACAACAACCAGGGCUGGGCCAAGCUGAAGCCAGGACCCUGGAAUACAAUUCAGGUCUUCCAUGUGGGUGACAGGGACCCAAUUACUUGGGAUAUCAUUUGCUACCUCCCAGGUUUCAUUAGCAGGAAGUUGGAUCAGAAGUGGAAUAGGGAGGAAACUGGCACUCUGAUACUUGAUGCAGGCAUCUUAACUACUGUGCCAAAUACCACCCCCAUAAAUAUUUUAAUUGGAAAAAAUGGUGUCAAUCAAACUGGGAAAUGUUGGAGGUUGCUAAAUUAGAAAAAAAGUGAAAAAGUGAUAAGGUUUGGUUUCUGAAAGUGAGUAAUAAAACAUAUACUCAGAUCUGGAAGACCUUAAAUUCUAAUUAGCUAAUUAUGACUUUGGAAUCUUAACUUUGACAAAUGCUUCAGGCAGUAGACGGGCAGUUACGUAUUGGCCUCUCACAUCAGAGUACCUGGAUUUGACUCCCGGCUCUGGCUCCAGACUCCAGCUUCCUGCUAAUGCACACCCUGGGAGGCGGUGGUGACAGCUGGCUUAAUGAAUUGGGUUCUUGUCAACCCUUAGGAGAUUGCUUUCCUGGCUUGGCCCCUGAGAAUUUGAGGAAUGGACUAGAAGAUAGGCACUCUCCCUGUCUGUCCAACUCUUUGUGUUUCUCAAAUCAGUAAAUAAAUAGUGUUUCAAACUGGCAAAAUUAAAAGUUUAUAACUAGUGGUAUUGUACCAAUGUUAAUUCUCUGGCUCUGAUCACUGUACCACAGGUAGAUAAGAUGUUGUUCAUGGAGGUUGGGGAAGGGAAUGUGCAAAUUCUCAGUCCUAUAAAUUAAGAAAAAGUUUUCAGCAGCAGCACUUGGUGUGGACUAAGGAUGCCCACAACCUGGCUGGCACUGUGGCAUAGCUGGCACCUGUGACACAGCAUCUCCUGUGAGUGCCAGCUCAAGGCCAGGCUGCUCUACUUCUGAUCCAGCUCCCUGCUAAUGGCCUGGCCCAGCCCUGGCCAUUGCAGCCAUCUGGGGAGUAAGCCAGUGAACCAGUGAACAGAAGAGCUCUCUCUCUGUAACGUUGACUUUCAUAUAAAUUUUAAAAUCUUUGAAAAAAAAGGAUGCCCACAUUCCAUUUCCUGGAUUUGAGUCCUGGAUCUCUCCAGAUUCCAGCUUCCUGCCAAUGUGCACUCUGGCAGAAGGUGACGGCUAAGGAGUUGGGUCCUUACCACCACUUGGGGCACAUGGAUGGAGUUCCCAGUCCUGGCUGCUGAAGGCAUUUGGGGGUGAACCAAAUGGGGAAGAUCUCUCUCUUUUUUUCUUUUAAUGAUUUUUUUAAAAAAAUUUAUUUGAAAGGCAGGGUUACAGA